CAUGCAGUCCGCCGACGAGCCCGUGUCCGGUCCGGCCGUGAGCAGUACGGCGGCAACACGACCGCGAGAGGCCGCAGCGGAGGACGGCAGCAAGAGCCCGGUGUCGCCGUCGAUGGAGGACGAGCGGCAGAUCCCCGUGGACCCGGUCUCGUUGCGGCACCUGGGCAUGGUGGCCGACCCGGACUCGCCCCUCUCCGCGCCGUCCGUGCUCACGGAGGUGGUCGCGCAGUCGUCCCCGCUCCUGCCGCCGCUACGCCGGCCCACGUUCGUCGGCGCCAGCCUGCCUUGCUCCGCGACCUCCUCCCCCGUCCACAGCGCCACGGCCAAGCGGGACGAGCCCGCCGCGCCCAGCCUCGACACGGUCAUGGCCCUGCGCUCCCUCGCGCGGCAGCACUCCGCCGCGCUCGCCAGCUAUGCCGCCUCGCCGUCCGCGGCUCCCACCACGCUCUCGAGGAGCGCGUCCCGCGCCGAGGGGAGGUCGAUGGCGCCGCACGACGACGAGGUCCCCAACGUCGAGGCCGCCGACGAGGCCGAGCAAAGCUUCACGUGCGGCGUGCUGUGCAUGUUCAUCCCCGGCUUCGCCAAGAAGAAGCCGGGAUCACCGUCCGCGGCGGCCGUCGUGUCGAGCAUACAGAGGCAGCAUUCGGGGGCGAGGCGGCGGAGCAGCGUGUCGCGGAUGGCGGAGCUGGAGAGGUUCGAGUGCGGGUCGUGGAGCCCGCCGCCGCCGCCGCAUCCGGUGAGGGUCGUGCCGGCGCACGUCGACAUGGACUUCGCGAUGGAGGUGCCCAAGAUCAGCUGCGCGGACGACGCGGACCUGCCGGUCAAGAUGGCGUUCGUGUUCGAGGGCGAGGCGAGGGGGGUCCUGAAGAAGGGGAUCCUGAAGAAGUCGGCGUCGGCGUCCCAGCGGCAGGACUCGGCCCCCAGGACGUCGUCCGCGUCGCAGCGGCACGUAAGGUUCUCGACGGCCGCGGCGCCUCCGGCGUCGUGCCCGACGUCGCCGUGCAUCACGCCGCGGCUGGCGAUGGCCAGGGCCGAGUUUAACGCCUUCUUGGAGGCGCAGAGCGCGUAGAUAAAUCGUCAUGCACGGUGCAUGUUUUUUUGUUUCUUGGAUUUGCUUCGUGCUUGUUCGCGAGUGGCAGCGCUGUCUGCUGUGCGCGCGGGGUUGCUAGACGCCUUGUUUUUCCGGCGUUUUCCAGUUAUGUUCGAUUGUCCAUAUUCCA